AUGGUGGCAAUCGCCCCGUCUUUGGCCAACGGACUUCAGUAUGAGAAAGUGAACGUCACCAUCGACUUGCGACAGGAGUACCAAGUGGCGUAUGUGGUCGUCAAGAUGGGAAACGCUCCUCGCCCAGGGACGUGGGUUCUAGAGAAAUCCCUAGAUGGUAUCCAUUAUGACCCAUGGCAGUACUACGCAACAUCUGAUGCCGAAUGUAUGCGCCAGUUCGGAGUACCAGCCACCACUGGUGUUCCUCGGUUCCAGCGUGACGACGAGGUUCACUGCACAAGUGAAUAUUCGAAGAUCACUCCACUCGAAGGCGGUGAGAUCCACACAUCGCUCGUCAACGGACGACCCGGUGUCGAAAAGCCAUCUCUGGAACUGCAGGUGAAGGGGCCAUGUGCUGACGGCUUCUUUGGGAAUCCAAUGCUGCCUAACGGCACUUGCAAGGAAUGUGAAUGUAAUGGCAAUAUUGACUUGAUGGCCAUUGGUAACUGCGACACAGAAACCGGAGUAUGUCUGAAGUGCAUCGGGGACACCACUGGAGAACAUUGCGAGCUCUGCAAAGAAAACCACUGGGGUUCGGCGUUGGAGAAAACCUGUAAACCGUGCGGAUGCCAUCACGUGGGUGCUGAGUCGCCGCAGUGUGGUAAUGAGUACGGUGAAUGCAAGUGUAAGCCCAACUACAUCGGAAAGCAGUGCGACAGAUGCAUCGAUGGCCAUGGUGACAUCGAAAACGGUUGCCCAGCUUGCGAAUGCAACAUGAUCGGAAGCAUCGGUGAUCAGUGUGAUGCCGUCAGUGGUCAGUGCACGUGCAAACAAGGCGUUUUUGGCAAGAGAUGCGACCAGUGUCGUCCGUCGUACUUCAACUUCACGGAUGCGGGAUGCCAGUUCUGUCACUGCAAUAUAUACGGAUCGAUCGAAGAUGGAAAGUGUAACAACAUCACUGGCAAAUGCGAGUGUCGCAGUAAUGUCGAUGGUACGAUGUGCGAGAAGUGUGCAGAUGGAUUUUUCAACAUCACCAGUGGCGUGGGAUGUCAGGCUUGUGAGUGCGAUGCGACAGGUUCAGAUGGUGAGGCUUGUGACCUGCACUCGGGUCAGUGUGUUUGUAAGCCUGGAGUGACAGGUCUGAAAUGCGAUCACUGCCAGCCCAACCAUUACGGUCUCGGUCCAGAUGGAUGCAAAGAGUGUAGAGCUUGCCCGGCACCAGGCCAGGUGUGUGACUCGGUCACCGGUGAAUGUGUUUGUCCACCGAAUACGGUAGGCGAGAUGUGCGAGAACUGUACGGAAAACGCCUGGGACUAUCAUCCACUGAAGGGCUGUAAACUCUGUGAAUGCUCUGACGUGGGCAGCAGCAACGGCAAAUGCGACAUGCGGACAGGACAGUGCAAAUGUCGUAACGAAUACGUCGGGUUGCGCUGUGACCUCUGCACGCACGGCUUUUUCGGUUUCCCGAAUUGUCAGCCAUGUAACUGCGAACCUAACGGCACGGAUCCCCUUCAGUGCAAGGACGGUCUCUGCUUGUGCAACGAAGAGGGCGAAUGUCCAUGCAAGGAAAAACGUGAUGGCGUAGCAAAAGCGAUCAGACUGCAAGGAGUACCACCUGCGAGCAAAGCUCUCUUCUAUGGCAAGCAGACCUAUGCUGAAGAUCGACGAGCCGUUUUCGAAGAACCCUGGGAGUACUACACAAAGAAGCAUAACCUGAACCUGCUGAAGGAAUAUCCGGCACGAUACAACAGUUAUCCGACCGAUGCCGUCCCGUUGUACUGGCCAUUGCCGAAAUCAAUGCUUGGCGAUAGGACUUCCAGCUAUAACGGUUUCCUUCGAUUCAAG